AUGGAUCCUCCAAAUCUCCUCCUCUUGCUUCUUCUCACCUUUGCUUCCACCAUCGACGCCCAAAAUUUCUUCCCAAAGCCUAGGUGUGGUUCGACUGGCAACUUCAGCGCCGACAGCACCUACAAAACCACCCUCACCGCCCUCCUCUCCUCCAUCUCCACCACCAACUCCUUGUCCCUCAAGUACGGCUUCUUCAACGCCUCCUCCGCCGUCUCUGGUACCUCCCAAACCCUCUAUGUCAUCGGCUCCUGCCGUGGUGACCUCCCUGCUGAGAGCUGUCGUGCCUGCCUCAAUGCCUCGGCCUUUGACAUUCGUGACCUCUGCCCCCUCCAGAAGGAGGCGGUCCUCUACAGUGACAACUGCACCGUUCGGUACUCUAACGCCUCGAUCUUCCGCACAGUCAAAAUCGACCCUGACUACAAGCUGGAAUUCGGCGAGAACUUCACGAGCCCAGACAAGGACAACGCUGCGCUGCAGACGCUGCUGGACCGUCUGCCGGGUGAGGCAGCGGGCGGCGGCUCGCUGAGGAAGUACGCAACAGCCACCACAUCGGUGGGUCUCCACACGAUCUACGCGAUGACACAAUGCACGCCGGACUUAACCAACCAGCAAUGCAUCGACUGCCUGGUGAUAGUCAUCGGGAGGUUUGAGCAGUGCUGUGCUGGGCAGUUGGGAGUGAGGAUCAUGGCCCCGAGUUGCCGGUUCCGGUACGAAGCCUAUCGGUUCUUCGACCCGGUGGGUGAGCCACUUCCGCCGCCCCCUGCGCCCCCUCCGCCACCAGGUGGAAAGAGCAAUUCAAAUAGGACUGUGAUCAUUGUGGUCGCCACAAGUGUUUCUGCGGUUUUCCUUGUUGGUGUUAUUGUACUUCUGAGAGUGAAAAGGAAGAAGCAGCCCAGGCAAAAAGUUGAAGGUGAGGCUGUGGAUGAAAUUAGCACAGUGGACUCGCUCCAAUUUGACUUCGGCACUAUUAGAGAGGCAACCGAUGAUUUCUCUAAUUCCAAGAAGCUUGGACAAGGAGGUUUUGGUUCUGUUUACAUGGGUCAACUCUCCAACGGACAAGAAAUGGCGGUGAAACGGCUAUCGCAAAAUUCUAGCCAAGGGGAAGUUGAGUUCAAGAACGAGUUCAUGUUACUAGCUCAGCUACACCAUAGGAACUUGGUCAAGCUCCUAGGUUUCUGUCUGGAAGGAGUUGAACGGCUUCUCAUUUACGAGUUUGUGCCCAAUUCGAGCCUUGAUCAGUUUAUAUUUGAUCCCCUUAAGCGUGCGAAUCUCAACUGGGAUACACGUUACAAGAUAAUAAUGGGUGUUGCCCGAGGGAUGCUUUAUCUACAUGAAGACUCUCGACUUCGUAUUAUCCAUCGGGACCUCAAAGCCAGCAACGUUUUGUUAGACUUAGAAAUGAAUCCAAAGAUAUCGGAUUUUGGUAUGGCGAGGCUGUUCGAGUUGGAUCAAACUCAAGCCAAGACAAACCGAAUCAUGGGGACCUAUGGAUAUAUGGCACCAGAGUAUGCGAUGCAUGGAACUUUCUCGAUCAAGUCAGAUGUGUUCAGUUUUGGAGUGCUGCUUUUGGAGAUCGUAAGUGGUCAAAGGAACACUCUUUUCCGCAUGGGCGAUGACACGGAAGUCCUUAUAAGCUAUGUUUGGAAGAAUUGGAGGGAAGGAUCAUUAUCAAACAUUAUCGAUCCCUCUAUAACUUCUGGUUCAAGUAUUGAAAUUGUGAGGUGCAUCCACAUUGGUCUACUAUGUGUCCAAGAUAAUAUGAUUAGCCGGCCAACAAUGGCCUCGGUCCUUCACGUGCUUAAAAGCCACUCGGUCACUCUCCAAGUGCCAUCAAGACCUGCAUUCUACAUACACAGCGGCGCCGAAUCUGAUAUGCCAUCCAUGCAAGAUUACAAUUUAUGGGUGGCUGAGGUCGAGGAAUCAAGAAGCAAAUCGAACCAGUUCUCGAAAAAUGAGGUUUCUAUGACUGAGCCGUACCCACGGUAGCCUUAGAAAAUGGGAGAUCAGUGUGCCCUGCACAUUACUUUUUGUGUUUGUUAUGGUUUUCAGAUCAUCAAAUUACAUUAUCAUGAUUUACUUCUUCCUUAGAUUAUUUAGGAUUUAUACGGCUUCAUUGCUCGGGAUUACAUCCAGAUUCAUAGGAUGUUGGAAGUGAAGGAUACUCACAAAAAGUCAUGUCUGACACUACUUGUGUUAAGAUCAGAGAAGCUAGAACAGCUUGCUCUUACAAAAUUCGUGUUGGACUAGGUCAUUUUAGGCGUGAUUUUAGGUGAGCUCC